UGUCGAGUUGUGAACGACACACGGGCAAAAGUUUGACGAUAGCAAGGCACACACGCUCAGUCUUAUUCGGUAGCCUUUCUGUCUAGGUUGAUUGAAACACUUCAUUUAAUAGAACGCACAUACAUAAUUUCCAUAUCUCGAGGCAAGCAACUAUCAAAGACAAAUGAGUGAACUCUUUCGUUCAGUGAAACCAUUUUGAGACCGUGCAAAGGAAAAAACAAACGAAACUAAGAAUAUUAUAAAUUUUAAUAUUUCGAACAGUCAAAUUUCUUAUCAAAUGUUAAAUACAACAGCAAAGAAAUCAGUCCGAGUGUAAAACAGAGAAAAAUAAAGGCACUCAAGUGAAUUUGUUUGGUAAUAAUUUUCGGUGCUACAACAUGAAUAAGGAAUGAAACGAAAACAGAAAGAAAAAUAAAACUAUAACGUAUAUAAUAAUGAUAGAUUUUUGAAAAAGACGUAAGAAAGAAGACAACAUGAACACAAAAAGACUGCUGCUCCCAUUUCUCAACUAUUAUUAUUCUUGCAUACAAUUUUUGUGCUUGUUCUCUCGGUAAAAGUGUACGACAUGUAAAGUAUUUUGUCCUUUUUCAUUGAACUGUUGUUGCCUUGUCUCUAAUAAAUUAACAUUUUAACGGGUACGAAUUUUCGUAACAAAAAGCCGAUUUAUUUUCGUUCUUUCCAUUUGUUUCAUAUCUAUAUUCCAUCGAUUGAGCUGCUCAUAAAAGAAAAGUUAAAGUUUAUUUGUGCUGGUGAUGGGCGCUAGGUGAUUUUAAUGUGAAUAAAUGUUGUUUCUCAUUGAGUUGCCAAUAUGCUGUUCGCUUUGUAUAAUUGCUUGAAAUUAAACUAAAAAAAAGCAGCGAAAGAAAAGAAAACGGAAUUGUGAUGGUGCUCAUUGCUAAAGGAUAACACUUUACGUUUGUUACCAUUAAUGUAUAAUUAUUAUAUAUAGAUACAUGUAUCCAAUAGCAUACCAAAAAAGGAAAGAAACUCCGAAAAAGCGGAUUCAAUUUACAUUUGGAAAUCAGUUCACGUAGUUUUUUUCCUAGUAUGUUCGCCAUCGUCUGCUUGCCGUAAUCCAUAUUAAUAAAUAAAUUAGCAUUUGUGAAUGCGUUGAUGUUUCGGGCUCAACGACAAUGGCCAUCGACAAAAUAAAAACAUAAAAGCCUUUCUCGAAACUGUUUAUCACAUGCGAUAGAGAGAAAAAAACGUGCGCCACCAAAGAUUAGCUCUCGAUGUUUUUGUGCGAGACGUUAUAAUCUCACUGUUUUUCCAAAGUGUGUGUUAACGGUGUGUGACAGAAAACAUAAAGCAAAGAAAUGACAAAGACUUAAAAAAACUCCAGAAAAAAGAUUGGCUCUUAUUCUUACGAUGAAUGGUGCGUCCAAGUGACAGAAAAAAUAUGGCUCGAAAUGAGAAAAUGUGCAUUCACGUGUUUUUUCCCAUAUCUUGAGACAUGAGACGUACUAGAGACAAAGAUCAUUCUGAUACAAACCAAAGUGCGUGCAAAGUGUUUUUGUGCACACCCGCAUAGGAAUCAAAAUUGUGAAAGCGAGUGAAAAAGAGAUAGAAACAUAAAUUCGCCGAACCGAGAAUAUGUAGAAUACGUAAUACAGUAAUUUCAAGUGGUCUUCAAGUGGUUUUCGUCGAACAUUGUUGUGUGUACGACUUCGAAAACGUGAGUUCAGAGAACGGAUGGCACACUGGCUUUCAUCAUUCAUUCCUUCACAUCGAAUAUCAUGCAACCGUUCUCAACAUUUACGUAAUAAACACACAUGCUAAAUUAUAACUGUAUCAACGGCAAAAACGCACCCCACACACGCAAAAAGAUAGGAACAAAAAGAGAAAAAAGACACAGUCAGUAUUGUGAGGCGUCGGAUAAAAUCAACUUCAAACCAACACAAGUGGUAAUAAACAUAUAUACAAAAUAAAGCGAAUAAAAACGAGAGAAAAACCGAAAAGAGCAACGGUCGAACAGAAAGAAGAACAAAAAAAUAAAUAUAAAAACCCCUAAACGAACCGACAAAAUUAUAUUCGGUAGCAUUAAAAUUGUAUAACCAAAUGAUAAAUUAUGUGAGACGCGCACAUUCAUAAACAUUGUUAUUGCUGUUGUGUAUCCAUUUUCUCAUUUAAGCUGGAAUAAUGGACGGACUCUGAGUACUUUGAAGGCAAACGAACAACCAUCAACAGAUUUUUAUUUGGAUAUAUGCGUGACACAAACCAACUAAGUUGUACACACACACUGUGUGUACACUGAUAUAUCUGUGUACCGUUAGCAGUGCGAGAGUUAAAUUGUCAUGGGCAAUCAUCCAAAACUUGAUGUAGGAAACUAAAAAAAAACUCCCAUACACACACACACAAUUAUAGCCAGAGGGAGAGAUACACAGUAAACCCCAACCGAAAAAAACAUAAAGCCACAUCGAAUAAUAAUGGCCAACGAAGAAAAAAAACCAAACUAUUCAUUCGAAAUGCGAACGAAUUUUUAUGCGGUUUAAGUAAGAUUCGUUCGUCGUGAGGGAGAGAGAAACAACACCAACAUAAAAAAAAAACAAAAGAAAUAACAGCACAACGACACAUAAUAUACACAUAACGCAUAUAUUCCGUUCCCUGUUUGUUGGCAAAUCGACAUUUUGGUUGGCGGUUUAAACACAUCUCUCACUCGCAUAACAAGACUAUAUGCAUAAAUUUACGAGAGAAAAAAAGAUGUGCGAGUGAUUCCUUGUUGUAUGUUCGUUCGAUCGUUUGUUUGCUUGUAGGUUGUUGUUUUUUUUGGGUCAAGUGAAUUUUUAUAUCUCAAUAUACGGCCAAGAUUGAAAUGCUUAAACAAAAUUCCAAAUCGAUGUAAUUUGUUGAGCGUAUGGCUCUUCCACUCAAUUUGAUUGGUGAUUUUGACCCAUUUUUAGACCGUGUAUAAGAGUGUUUGUGAUAUCGAUAGAACUGAAGAACUAAAACCAACAACAAAUCUCCGCACAUAAUCGAGAGAUCAACGACAAUCGACAGACUGUACCUCUGAUGCUAUGUGAUUAAAAAAGGUAGAACCAUAAGUGGCGAUAGAAUUAAAAAAAGGUUCCAUUUUUAUCUGCAUGCUCAAGUAUGCCGUGAGCGGUAUAUUUUCCAUUCCUAUAUGCAAACGUUCUGUGUACGAACGCCUCCGAUGCACACAGAAGCAAGAGGAAAAGAAACUAUGUCAUAGCGAUUAAAUUGUGCAUACAUAAUUGGAUAAACAAUCGAAUAAAUGAACUGAGACAGUGAAUGUGCAGAGUGCAUUAAGAGAAGAUUGUGGGUGAUUCAUAGCUGCAGAGCAGUAGACAACGACGACGACGACAUCAUUACGCUAGUGGGGUAUCAAGUCAAAAGUUCGCAAACAUAUGUACAAACAUGCCAUUGACAUCAAAUGGAUGUAUUGCAAAUUGAUGAAGGUGACACCAAAAAGAGUACCCAAUUUAUCAUGCAAACGCAAUCAUUUUUAGUUACAAUAAUGGAAAAUUGCUGAAAGUAAAAGACGAAGGGAAGUUUUUUCUUUCUCCGAAACGUGCAUGGAAAUUGUAAACAGUUGAAACGACCACACGUAUCGUAAUUUUGUAUCUCUCAGUAAACAUCAUUUCAAAAUGUGAACGACAACACCUUAAAUAUAUCAUACAGAAAUAAAAAAGUGCAGUAAAAGUAUUAUUCACACAACACACACACAGAAAAGUGCGCGUGACGAAAUAAAAAAAAAAUAAUAAUAAGAGAGCAACACACAACAAGUCUUAAAUCCAAAAAUGGCUGACGAGCUAAUUAUACAACAAACAUUCAAAGAGAAACUGUUAUUUUAUAUAACAGCAUUCUUCGUACUUCUAGGCACAUUUAGUUUAUUUGCAUUUCUCUUCCUCGUACCAUUUGUGAUCGAACCAGCCUUCACUACCAUUUUCAUGGAAUUUGAUGAAAAUCCAGCCGAAUGUGUCACUGCCGAAGUGGAACAUUUUAAAGGCGCAUCGAACUGCUCGUGGACCUCGUGUCGUGAAGGUUGCACCAAAGAGGUGUACGAAUGCACACAAAUCCGUGUCAAUUACAAACGAAAUAAUAUCGGAAACGAUACAAUAAAUGAAGAUGAUGAAAUUGCCGUCAUUGAAUUGGACACAGGUCAAUCAGUCCCAAUAUCAUCAUCAUCGUCAUCAUCAUCAUCCUCGUCGUCAGCAGCAUCAAAAUCAUCUUCGUCUAUUGAUAGUUUAAAAUCGAAACAACAGCAUCGCGUGGAACGGGGGACUCGCGAAUUUGAAUAUGUUGAUAGCUAUGAUCAUUUGCAUCGUGAAUCGUACAAAAGUGCCGAUGGUUUAGAAUUUAUGGAAUAUCCAGAAGCGCAAGAUCUACCAGGUCAAGCCAAUAAUUUGUCGGAAUGGUAUUUUACCGGUGCUCGACUCUUUCCAAAUGUCAAAGGCUGUGGGUAUCCCCCGAUGCUAAAUUGUAGUAUAUGGACAAAAAAAUAUGUUGCGAUUGGCACGAAUUACUCGUGCUUUUAUUCACGUAUCGAUCCCAGCAUUGUAAUUAGUGAUUUAGAUAUGAGACAAAAUACGCUCAAUUUAAUUUAUGCCAUGGCCAUUCCAAUCCCGUCAUUUAUCGUAUCGAUUAUUUACUUGACAUUCGCUUAUUUCAAAAUUUAUAAUGAAGAUGAAGAGGCGGCACUGCUUGACCAGAAUGCUGAAGACAUUGCUGGCGAAGAUGAUAAUUUGGCUGCCACCGAGCAUGUAGAUGUUAUUGUACCGAACGGAACGGCUACGAUAUCGGUUGCAUCUGUGCCGGUUACACCAACAAAUGAUAUGGCCUCGUUUGGUCAUCAGCUCAAAGUGAAAAUGGCCGACGAAAUGAGUCGCGAAAGUUUGGAUGGAGGUUUCAUUUCGAAUUCAGGUUCAAUACAAGGAAAUUUAAGUAAAACGAUGACAACCAGCAUUUCAACACCACCCGGACCAACAGCCGCUGUCUAAUAGCUCGAAUGUGAUUUUUUUAUGCAUUUUAUUUAAGUAAACUUAUAGGGGCGCAAAACUUGUUUUAUUUAGGAAAUUACAUAAAAAAAAGAAACUUAUAACUUUAACAAUUUCGUUUAAAGAGGAAAUGUACGCCAAAUGAAAUAAGCGCGCGUUUAAAUCAUUUUUGGAGAUAGAAUCGCCAAACAAUUUUGUGGACGACCGAAACCCAAUUCAACCGCCCAAAUGCAAUUAAAUUUUCACUAAACAAUAAUUCAUAACCAAUAUAUUUGUACAAUCGAGAAGAAAUACAAAUUCGCAAUACACACUCACAGCACAUACACCACAAACAGAUACAUACAGAACCAUCGUUGGUGGUUGAAGUCGGCAAGAAUAAAUCAUACACAAGAAUGAAUAUCACCACCAGCAAACAUUAUGAAACGUAUUUAAUAUAUAGCUUACAUACUCACAAGAGUUCAAGCAACAUAGAAGUUGGAGAACUCAAACGAUUGUGUGAGACCAAAUACACUCAAAUAAAUUAGAAAUGGUCUUCGAUACAAAAUCAAUUGUCAUCAGCUUUCGUUCGAAGUAAUGGCAAUUCAUUAGGAGUUUUAUUU